AUGACGAACACUAAGGGUUAUCGCCGCGGCACGCGGUAUAUGUUUGCUAGAAAGUUUCGAAGACAUGGAACUCUACCCACGAGUGUCUAUAUGCGAGUCUACAAGCGUGGAGAUAUUGUUGACAUUGUCGGAGAUGGUGGUGUGCAAAAGGGCAUGCCCCACAAGAGCUACCAUGGGAAAACCGGUCGAGUUUUCAACGUCACCAAACAUGCUGUCGGUGUGAUUGUCAACAAACGAGUCGGAAAUCGUAUCAUUGCUAAGCGCAUAAAUGUGCGUAUUGAGCAUGUUCGUCCCAGCAAAUGUCGGCUUGAGUUUCUUAAGAGGGUUAAAGAAAAUGACGAAAAACGGAGGUUGGCGAAGGAGCAGGGUGUUCGCUACAGUCUCAAGCGCGAACCUGUUGGUCCUCGUCCUGCGCAUCUUGUGCGUACGCGUACACACCCAGUUGUCACACUUCAUCCUCUUCCGUACGAAUUGAUUGCAUAA